UAUGCCCUGUAUCUUGCAAUUUAUUUUCUAGCAGAAUAGGAAGGGAGGGUUUACAAGAACAGCUCGUCAAUUGACUUUCAGUUCCAAUUUAACACGCACCGUUAAAACUGAUUAAACUGAGAACUCUUAACAUUGGAGUGACAGUGCAGAAGAAGAAGUAGAAGUGACAUCAUGGAAUUAGCAAAUGCAAAUCGUCUGGUUUUUGUGCUGAAUGGCCAAAGGACUGAAGUGGAUUUAUCUCAAAUCCACCCAGAAACUACUCUGCUUUCUUAUCUUCGUUAUCACACUCAGUACAAAGGAGCCAAACUUGGCUGUGGAGAAGGGGGAUGUGGGGCUUGUGUUGUGCAUUUAUCAAAAUACAACACUGAUACAAAAGAGACAGAGGAAUUUUCAAUAAGUUCGUGCUUGACACUAUUGGGAUCUAUAGAUGGUUGUUCCAUCACAACUACUGAAGGGCUUGGAAAUUGCAGGGAUGGACAUCAUGCUAUCCACAAAAGGAUUGCAGGUUUUCAUGCAUCACAGUGUGGGUACUGCACUCCAGGAUGGUGUAUGUCUCUUUAUGGUGCUCUUCGUCAGGCUGAUGCCAAAGGAAACAAUGAUCAUAGACAUGGGUUUUCAAAUAUUUCGAGUUUGGAAGCUGAGAAAGCUGUUGCAGGGAAUGUAUGCAGGUGUACUGGCUACCGACCCAUUGCUGAUGUUUGUAAAAGUUUUGCAGGGGAUGUUGAUUUAGAAGACUUGGGUCUCAACACCUUUUGGAAAAAAGAUGAACUUCUUGACCCAAAUAAGCUGCCUGAAUACAAUCCAACUGGAGUUUCUACAGAUUCCAAAUUCUGUGGACCAAGAUAUGAAGAUGCUAGAACAACCUCAUUGAAUUUUUCUUACAAAGAUGAAUUCAGUGGAGAAGAACGUGUUUGGAUUAGACCAUCCACCUUGGAUGAGGUUUUGGGGGCUCUGGAAAAAGCUGCUGAGGAAAAUGUUGAACCCAAGCUUGUAGUAGGUAACACAAGUGCUGGAAUCUACAAAAGCAUAGAGCCUAAAGUUUUUGUUGAUAUCAGAAACAUCUCAGAGCUACAGAUUAUUAAAAGGCAUGAUUCUGGGAUUGAAGUUGGAGCAGCUGUAACCAUUGCCAAGCUUAUAAAAGCAUUGGAGGAUACAAAUGCCAUUGCAGAUGAUACUCUGGAUCAUGGGAAAGAAAACUGUACUAGAAGUUUAGUUUUUGAGGGCCUUGCCAAUCACCUGAAAAAGGUAGCCUCUGCAUUUAUUAGAAAUACAGCUAGCAUCGGUGGCAACAUAAUUAUGGCCAAGAAAUUAUCAUUUGAUUCAGAUGUUGCAACCAUUCUCCUUGGAGCUAAUGCAUCAGUCAAAAUUAUCUCAACUGAGAGAGUAGAAUCUGUGUUAACCAUGGAGGAAUUCCUUGAUAAGCCUUGUCUUGAUUCAAGGGUCCUAUUGCUCUCGGUAUUCAUUCCAAACUGGAAUGAAGUUAGCAAUCCUGUUGGAAACAAUGGCUCUGCUAAAUUUGAUGAAAAAUUGUUGUUCAAAACAUACAGGACAGCCAUUCGACCGCUUGGUAAUGCAGUGUCUUAUGUUAAUGCUGCCUUCCUCGCUCAAAUUUCUCUCAGUAGACAUCAAGGAAAUCUGGUUGCAAAGAGUCUUCGACUUGCUUUUGGUGCAUUUGGGGUGAGCCAUGCUAUUAGGGCUACCAGUGUAGAAGAGUUCUUAGUCAAUAAAGUUAUAUCACCAGGUGUUCUUCUGGAGGCAAUUGAAAUGCUUAAACUACAGAUCAUUCCUGUGGAAGGUACCCCAAAAUCUGCUUACAGGCAAAGUGUGGCUGUCGGUUUUCUUUUUGACUUCAUUAGUCCUCUUGUCAAAGAUAUAGUUCCCCCUUGCAUCCCUGAUUCUCUGGAAGCUAACAACAACCAGAGUGGCAAUACUUUUAAUCAUAAGAAAUGCUCCUUCAAAACAAAAAGCAUUAUAGAUGGUAAACAAACAAUGGAAUUUCAUGAUGAGUAUACUCCAGUAGGCCAGCCUUCUAAAAAAGUUGCUGCAGAGCUUCAAGCAUCAGGAGAAGCUGUAUUUGUAGAUGACAUUCCUUCUCCAGAUAAUUGCCUAUACGGGGCAUUUGUUUACAGCAAAAAGGCUUUGGCAUUAAUUAAGAAGGUUGAUGUAAAAGAUGCAUUAGAAUCUCCAAGUGUAGUUUCCUACAUAUCUUAUAGUGAUAUCCCUAAACAAGGAAAAAAUAUUAGUGUCGAUGGAUGGUAUGGUGAAGAAAUUCUGUUUGCUGAAGAUACUGUGGAGUGCUUUGGUCAACCGAUAGGACUUAUGGUUGCAAAUACUUGGCAUGAUGCAAAAAGGGCAGCUGAUAAAGUGAGUGUAGAUUAUGAUUGCGAGACAUUAGGUCCUCCUAUUCUCUCUGUUGAAGAUGCAGGAGCGAAAAACAGUUUCUAUAGUGUUCCCCAAAUUGUGGCUCCUAAGCCCGUAGGAGAUCUUGCAAAAGGAAUGUCAGAAGCAGAUAUUAGGAUUGAAUCUGCAGAGGUCAGAACUGGAUCUCAGUAUUAUUUCUAUCUAGAAACCCAGACUGUGUUAGCUAUACCAGAUGAAGAUGAGUGCAUGGUAGUUUACAGCGCAUGCCAGAACCCUGACGUUUCACAAAAAACUAUUGCAAAGUGUCUAGGCAUUCCUACUCAUAAUGUGCGCGUUAUAACAAGAAGAGUGGGUGGUGGAUUUGGUGGGAAGGCAUUUAGAUCUAUACCUGCUGCAGUUUCAUGUGCAUUGGCUGCAUACAAAUUGAAGCGUCCUGUCCGAAUGUACCUUGAUCGUAAAACAGACAUGAUUAUGAGUGGUGGACGACAUCCUAUCAAGGCAAACUAUACAGUUGGGUUAAAAAAUGAUGGAAAAAUUACAGCUUUGCAUGUGGAUUUAUUCAUUGAUGCAGGAUUUACGGUUGAUUUUAGCCCUAUGCUUCCCUAUACUAUAGUAAAAACAAUGAUGAAAUACAACUGGGGAGCUUUCUCAGUUGACUAUAAAGUAUGUAAAACAAAUCUACCAAGCAAGUCUGCAAUGAGGGGCCCUGGAGAAACACAGGGAUCUUUCUUUGCUGAAACCAUUAUUGAGCAUGUUGCCUCAAUUCUAGGUUUGGAUUCAGUUGUUGUAAGAGAGAAGAACAUUCACACUCUUGAAAGUGCCAAGCUCUUCUAUGGAUCUUCUGUGGAGAGUCCUGUUAGUUAUACAUUGCCAUCAAUAUGGGAGAAACUAAAGCAAUCUGCAUCUUUCUAUGAGAGAAUGGAGAAUAUUAGAGAGUUUAAUGCUACUAACCGAUGGUUUAAAAGAGGCUUAUCCUUGGUACCAUGCUUUUACGUAGUAAGACUUUCUUCUAGACCAGCAAGAGUAACCAUAUUUGAAGAUGGUUCUAUUGCUGUAGAGGUGGGAGGAGUUGAGUUAGGUCAGGGAAUUUGGACUAAGGUAAAGCAGAUGACAGCAUAUGCUCUUGGUCAGUUAUGGCCAGGUUUAAGUGCAGAUAUAAUGGCAAAAGUUAGACUAUUUCAGUCAGACAGUAUCAGCUUAGCACAUGGAGGCAUUACAGCUGGAAGCACCACAUCUGAGGAAAGCUGUGAAGCAGUUCGACAUGCUUGUGACAUAUUAGUUCAGAAACUUCAGCCAGUUCAGACUCUCUUAAAGAAGAGCAAUCCAAAUGGUUUCUCUUGGAAUUCUUUAAUUUUUCAGGCUAAAAGUCAAUCAGUGGAUCUUUCUGCACAAACUUACUGGGUUCCUGAUUCAAGUGCAUCACAAUAUCUCAAUUAUGGCGCUGGAGCAAGUGAGGUUGAGAUUGAUCUCCUUUCAGGAGCAACUACAAUCCUUCAGACAGAUAUCAUCUAUGACUGUGGAAGAAGCUUGAAUCCUGCUGUGGACCUUGGACAGAUUGAAGGUGCUUUUGUGCAAGGAGUUGGGUUCUUCAUGACAGAGGAACAUCAUGUUGACAACAAUGGAAAGCUUGUAUCUGAUGGAACAUGGACAUACAAAGUUCCUACAAUUGACACCAUACCUCGAAAGUUCAAUGUUGAGAUACUUAAUAGCCCUUUUCACCAAAAACGUAUUCUCUCUUCGAAAGCUUCUGGUGAACCACCUUUGCUUCUAGCCGCAUCUGUUCACUGUGCAAUAAGAGAAGCUAUAAGAGCAGCACGCAAGGAGCUCCCAACUGAUAACAACAAACACUUCCGAAUGGACACCCCUGCCUCCAUGGAUGUCAUAAAAUCUCUGUGUGGCCUCAAUAACGUAGAACUUUAUUUAAAGAGCUUGUGCAUUUCUACUAAACAAUAGCAUGAUAAUUCUGAAAUCAUAUUUUACAAUUACAAUUUAUUUGGACAUACUUAUUAAAUUUGAGAGGUAUUCUACAAUGGCACCAAAGGGUGGAGUGUAAUGGUGUGAAUGUGUAAACAAAAGCUCUUACCUUUUAUCUUAAUUUUGAGAUCCAUUUACAUGUCAAACUAUUGAUAUUUAAUAAUCAAAUAAAUUUUCAAUAAAUAAGAUGGCUCAAAAUUGAUAUC